AUUCUCUUAGUGAGAAUACAGCGUUCAAAAGCCGUAAAUAUAUUAUACAAUUGCUGGAAACAAAUUGACCCUAUACAGCGAGUUUUUCAAGAAUUUUUCAUUUAAAAAGAUUAGAUGAGUAUAAGUUGGGUAUAGAUCGUCUGCGUUGCGCCUGUGUCGUUAUAUUUUCGUAGGUUCUCACCGCCGUCAGGGUGGCGUGACGCUCAGUGUGCAGAAUUUCACCCCUAACAGAACACGGCAUGACUACAACUAUGCAGUUCCACUAUUUAAAUUGACCGCGUUUCAAGAGAAAAACAAUAAACAUAAAUAAUUCAUGACGAUUCUUGUUGCAACUGUUAGAAUGGUGUACUAUCCCAUUUAGGAAGGUAUAUAUAUUCGGUAAAAACAUUGCCACGUGACUUUAGAUGAACGUUGUUUUUGAAAAAAUGUGAGUGAUGUGAGUUUUAUUUUGGUGACAGAAUAAAUUGAGGAUAGCUUCUUUUGAGUGACAUAAUGUCUAUAAGGCGGAUUUUUGGGCUGGUUGCAGUUGCGCUGCUUUCAAAUACAGUAUUGGGAGCUCAAACAGGAGCUUCAAAUAGUGGCAAUGCUUUAACAGAAAGUACUACUAGAGGUCCACAUUUUGAUGCAGCAGCGUCAAAAAACGUCACAGCACUUCUUGGAAAGACUGCUUAUCUAAACUGUCGAGUUAAAAAUUUAGCUAAUAGAACAAUGUCUCCGCAGGUGUCGUGGGUGAGACAUAGAGACGUGCAUCUCCUCACAGUCGGUCGAUAUACAUAUACAAGCGAUCAGAGAUUCAGGGCCAUCCAUCAGCCCCAUUCUGAAGAUUGGACGCUUCAAAUCAAGUAUCCUCAACAUAGAGAUUCCGGUGUAUAUGAAUGCCAAGUCUCAUCUACGCCGCAUUUAUCGCAUUUCAUCCAUCUUACCGUUAUUGAACCUGAUACAGAAAUCGUGGGCGGGCCUGAGCUAUUCAUUGAUCGGGGGAGCACUAUCAACCUCACCUGCGUCGUUAGACAUAGUCCCGAGCCGCCGGCCUUCAUUUUCUGGAACCACAACGACGCUAUAAUUAGUUACACUAGUUCUCGAGGUGGCGUUAGUGUAUCAACGGAAAGAGGCGAAACUAGUCGAAGCGUCUUAUUAAUUCAAAAAGCCAAAGCUUCAGACUCCGGAAACUAUCAGUGUAACCCUUCCAAUGCCAGACCGGCCAAUGUCACUGUCCAUGUUUUGAAUGGUGAACAUCCCGAGGCGAUGCAACACGGCGGCAAUCAGAGAAUGGGUCCCUCUUUGGGCGCGUUAGCGUUCAUUUCCUACGUUUUGUUGGCUUACUGUUAACUUCUAGACCCAUUAGUCGUCUAUUGAUAACGGCUACUGUCGACAAUGUGCGUGUUAAUACUAAACAUUCGAGGAAAUCAUUCCCCUAUCGUCCUGUGGUGUUUCAUCAACACAUUUCUCAGUGUAAUAUUGUUUUGUUUAUGUCACUUUCUCGGUGUACUUAUGCUUAACGAUGUAUGAAUUUCGAUUCGUCAUCUUUUAUUGGUGGUAAUUAGAAAGCGAAUUGUACACUAAGAACUUUAAUGUGAGUUGCACUAAGAAAAUUUCACUCUUAUGCAACACUAUUUGACGAUAGGGAAAAGCUCCCGUGUUGAGGUCCCAAUUCAAAAUGGUACUUUUGUAAAGGGGUACCGCAAGAUGACGUUUAUUGUCCUAUAAAUAUAUUUUUUUAAUAGUUUCUAGAAUUAUCUGUAAUUAAAUUGUGUGAGACUUGUUUUGAAUAUGUCUUACAAAGGUUUUACAUUUAUAUAUGUAAUAGUUCUUAAAAAACGUAGAAUUCUGUCUUUUCUUAAUGAUAAAUAUGUAGAUAAUCCAUGAAAUAAACUUCAAGAGAACAGAACAUAUUUCCAAAAAGGUGGCCAUUGGUACCUUCGUGUCUUAGCUGGAUUUCUUCUACUUAAUUUAUUGAUAGUGGAAGAUAACAAAAUUUUUGAUCAAAGAUUCGAAGACUUCUUGUCAAAUGAUCAAUUCAUCACGACUUGACUUUGUACUUCAUUGUCUUCAUCUUUCUUCUUCUGCUGUCUAAAUAUUGGUUAUGAAAGUCCUAAAUUCUAAUUUUGAAAACGAAUGUCUUAACACUACACUUUCAUCUAUCGUAAAUCUUCUUUUCGAAUAAUAUGAUGCUGAAUCUGUCACAAACAAAAUAUUGGAAAUAUAUGGAAUUGAAAAGUAUGAACAUUUUGGUGGUAAAUAAUUUUACUGACCCGUUUUUUACCUUAAAUAUUACGUUAUUUCUAUUUAGAUCAAUUGUUUGCGCGGAAAAUACCAAUUGGGGAGAACCUCAGAUGAAAGUGAAGAUUUCCAUCUCUUUAUUUAUCGGAAAAAACAACUAUCUUCUAAAUUUUUGUCUACAAUAUAAGUACACAACAAUCCUCAUCCCAUUUCACGAGUACAUACUAUUACUUUGACGUACUUUCACAUUUAGGAAAGAUUGUUCUUUAUCAAUUCCUUUUAUUUUUGAAAUAUCUUCUAGAUGCUUAUGAAUUAUCCAUCAAUUUUCUCCUGUAAUGAUGAAUCUACUCAAUAUUAAAACCGGAAAUGCAACAGCAUGAAAAGUGCCGAAAGGAAGCAUGUUUUCAAAUAGAAAAUUUGCUAGAAUUCAUUUGUAUAUUGUAAAUAUUGGUUUGUGUAAUUUUGAGUACAAAGAAAAUUUUUCAUAACGAUUUAUUGAAUUGUAUUCUUAUGUAAUAUAAUUCGAUUUUUUAUUAUAAUUACAACUCUAUUGGAAAUAAUAUACUUGAAUUUGGAUAAUUUUCUUAAUCUGCUGAAGUUAUGGGUGCUAAAUAAUUUUCAAUAUAUUUCGCACACACUUUUCAUAUUGUAUUGUAUUAAAUUCGAAUUAUGUGGUACCUUUUUUGUAAUUGUAUCAACAAUGUUUCAAAAUUAUUUAACUGAUAUUCUCAAUUAGCUAGUAUUAAAUAUUGACUAGAUGCAGAGGAUUGAAAUUCUAUUAAUUUUAUUGUCUGGCACUCAUUACAUUAUAUUCUAUGUUGAUAUGGAAAUUUUUGCAAAUGUUUAUCAUACCAAAAGCCUAUGUACUUAAUAUGAUGAAAUAUCCAAAUAUCUAAUAGUAUUUUUUCUGGAUUUUGUUGAAUGACAAUGUAAAAGUAAAAUUUAGAUAAUGAAAAAAAAGACACAGAGUAGACGUGAAACAAUAAAAACGAGUAUAGAUAGGAUGACAAAUUAUAGAAAAGCUUAAACAAAAACCAAUAGAAAACAUAAUAGUUACAAGACGUUCAAACUGGUUCGGACACAUAAAGAGAAGAACACCACAAAACAUAACAAGACAUUAGAAAAGAAGGUGAGGAAGACUCAGAGAAACAUGAUUUCAAUAAGUAACACAGGGAAGAGGAAGAUAGGGAAAAACAAUGGAACAAAUGAAUGGAGUACCAGAUGAUCGGAAAUAGUAGAAAAAUGGUUGAAAAAAGAAUGAAUAUUUUAAUACUUUGACGCUCUAAAAGGCAUAAAGCAUUCUAGAGAAUAAAAACAAGAAGUUUUUUCACAGUCUUUGUCAGUUUUAGAAACAUUUUUUAUUGUGGUAUGUAACAUUACCUCUGAAAUAAAUCAAUAUGUCGAUUCUGACAUCAUUAAAAUAUUUUUACUUCGAUGAUCUCGAUGCAACGGGUUUUAUUAUAUUCUACCUAUGCAGCUUUCUCGAUUUGAUUGUUCUUCAUGUCAAGUGAGGAUUAUUUUCACACACCUGCUUUAUAUUUGUUAAUCCGUAUAUAUUUCAAUUUUUGUUUUUUGCCUUUUCGUGCAUCUACCUUUCUCGAUCUUGUUUUAAGAAAUGAUGCGCGUUGAAAAUGUUCAUCAAACAGCAACUGCAAAUGCAAUGAACUAAAUACCACCCAGUAAGCAGAAAAGUACAUCAUUUCGCCAUGUACUUCAUUUCAGUUUUGUGAACCUAACCUAAAUUAAAAAGCCUUCGUCCUUAAUUAUUAUUUCCUUUUCUCUAUAUUCAUAUUUAUUGUCUCUUUUCCAUUUACAGAACCAUUUGCAGCUUUGUAGGGAACGUAUAUUUUCUCGUAAAUUGUGUAUUUUUAUUUCAGUUUUAGGUACACUCCUUGACAUACAAAAAAUUAUGAAGGUAUAACAUAAUUUUUUCAGCCCACCUCCAGAAGGAUUAUGAAUCUUAGAAAUGUUUUAAAAUGGAAAAGGAAUUUAAGUGAUAUUUUCCAAAAUAUACUCCUUAAUGAAAUAUUCCAUAUGAUAUAGUAGUCCAAUAACGUGGGUUUUCAAAUGCGUUCCUUAAUUUUGAAUAUGACUUACUUCGAAGUGUGUCUAAAAGACAAGAAUUCCUUCACUGGAUACGAGUGAAAAAAAAUAAUAAAAAGGUGAGACAAACAAACGACAAGAGAAGUUGUAUAUCUGUUUACUUUACAAAAAAUUUUUCGUUCAAGUUUUUAAUUAUUACCAAUAUUUAUACCAAAAUUAGGGGGACUAAAUUUCUGGCCCACAAUUUUAGAUUUUGCGACAAUAUUUAAAGACUCUAAAUUUAGCUAACAAAGUUAUAAUGAAUUCAAAUUUUGAAUUUCCAUUGUUAACCACAUUGUUGCAUAAAACAUUUUUUUUUAUUUAUUUAUUUUUCAAAUUAUUUAAUAAACUCGCAAGCAUUCAAAUGUUUCUUGGGCCUAGUGCUAAGAAAUUUCUCUCAAUCAUAAUUUUUAAUCAACUUUCUUUGAACAACUAAAAAGCUAUCAUUAUCUUUGAACAAAUUUUACUUAGUUCAAAAAAUGAAAAUUAUACAAAAUUAUACAAAAUUAUCUAGAAUUUGCACUUGAAGAUCCAUUUUCUUGAACGAUAAGAUAAGAAAUACUGAUUUCUCCCCCUUAUACUACAACAGAACAAAAAAUCAACAUAGGAAACUCAAAAUUAUUUAAUUCACCAAGUUUUAAAAUGGAAUGAUAUCUUGGAAUGGGUCGAACUGGGGAAAUUUUGUUUUAGAAAUAAUUCCAUAUUUAUUUUUUCAUACGGCACCCUGUAUAAGUAUGUAGUCUCGAAUAUAUAUAAAAACUCUCUAUAAAAAUGAGAUAAUAAAUAACAAAACAAGCUUUUUCUAGAUCUCAAAUAUGUGUAAGAAAUUGAUUCAACAUAAUGAUUGAGCAAAUAAGAUGUUCAAAAAUAUUUUCCACAAUUCAUCGUGUAUAAAAUCUGAAUAUACAUCGAUCGAUUUAACCACUCCGAAUAAUUGUACUGUAAUAUAAUUAUAUUAUUAUUAUAUAUAUUAUAAAGUCGAAAUGAUGGUUGUGGAAAACCGUUAUGAAAAUAUUGUUAACAACCUGAAGGCAUUUUUUGAUAAAUUCCACGUCUCCUUUAAAUAGUUCUUAAAAAAAACAUCAAAAUAAUACCUAGUAGCUUCUAAAUAUUCCCUACAUUUCAAAUAUAUCUAUUACCAUUAUUUUGUCAGUUCUUCUUCAUCAUUUUCUCUUUAAAUCCCUUCCGACAUAUCAAACUUCUAUUUAUUUCAUUAUUUUUUCUGUUUUAUUCUCUAUUGAUUUACUACCAAUUUUCCCACUUAUGUAACAGUAAGAAAUUUGUAUUGAUUUAUUUCUAACAAAUUGUUUUGCUACCGAUUUGGUCUGUGCAUUUUAAUUAUAAGUUACCCAGUGUUUUCAAUUAUAGUCUAAAUGUAAUUGGGAACUGUUUAGUGAAUAUAUAAAUAUCUUAUUACUACUAAAAAAUUUGUACUGAACUAAUUAAAGUUUUAGUUGAGAACUAUUUUGCAUAGAGAAUCGUGCGAAUUUUGAAACGAUGCCUGUCUACUUGCGGAGCCCCUUCGAGAAAAAGAUAAAACCUGUACUAACUCUGGAGACCGUACUAACAUUGUGUUAUAAGUUCCCUUAGGAUCAACUGAAACUUCUCAGCACUAUCUUCGGAGUAUAACGUUUUGAAAUAGGAGUUGGCGUUGAUUAAACGUUUACCAAAUUUACGAGACUUCAUUGUUUUACCCAUGUCAAGUGUCAAAUUAUGAUUUUCGAUUUAAUGCGCAGAUUUUAUAACAUUAAAACUAAAUGAGUCAAAACUAAUCAUUAUUCAAAAGUAUUAAUAGUUUUUUGAAACGGUAUCAUUGGAAUCAUUAGAUUUUUUUUUUUUUCGAUAAGAAAAAUAUUAUUUUAUGGUCUAUAAAAAUUAUUUUUUGAGACGUGAGGCAGAAGUUAUAGGGAUCCAAAUCUGGCGAAUAGGAAGAAUAUUGCAACAGUUUUUACUUUAAAUCUCCGAUUUUCAUGAGGAUAUUUGGAAAGGGUGCAGUUAAAAAUGAUUUUUUAAUUUAAACAACUAUUUUUUGAUGAAUUUUCUAGUUUUUUCAAAUAAUUACAAUGAAACUUUACGUUUAUUGGUUUAUAAGCAGAUAACCAACAAAAUUUCUAAUGUUUAUUGAAAAAAUUGAUACUUAUACCUUCUUCAUCCGAUUUUUGGAAUGUAACUAUAUAUGAAACUGAAUUACCAGGUUCCUUAGUCUCAUAUUUUAUAUAUAAAACGAUACAAAAAAUCAUUGUUUCGAAAGUCGAGCAAGCGGCACUCAAUUUUAAUAGAUCUUUCUCUUACCAAAGAUCUCACCCCUAUCGAGACUUCUUUAGUAUCUUUUUCGGAUAAUAGACGAUAUUGCUUAAUCACAUCCUGGAUUUUUACUAUGAUUUUAUAUGACGUAAAUAGCUUCUAUGACCACCGUCUUUGGAUGAAAAACUGAUAUCUGGGAUAAACUCUAGAUGUAAACUUCUUGAUGUGAAAUAAAAAAGGAACUAACUACAAAGACACAAAUAGUGUGCACAAAUUUCGCAGGAAAAAAUGGGCGGUAUAACUCAAAGAUCCUGCUGUGGAUUUACGAGCGAUAGUGAGACGAAUCAUUAAUAUGGCAUAUUAUUAUCUUGUUAAAUAACCAUUAUAACUGAAUUGAAAACUUAACUUGUUAAAUGAGUCAGAUAAGAAGAAAAAAAUUAACCUCCAAUAAGUUUCGGGAUACAUUGGACUAGGAGAGGAUGGAAUAGCUGACAAAAAUGAUAUAAUAGUUGCGGAAUCAAACCUUCAUAUGACCUGUGCCCUUUUGUGAAAUCGACUGAAAAAUAAGAUAGAUAGGGGUAAAAACAGUCACUUGACCAAUCUACACAUAAUCCUAGGAAAGUAUAAACUAAGAAGAUCUGUUGAUGUUUCAACCUAAGUAUAAAAAAUAACGAAUAAGGAUUCCUGUCAAUACACUUCCAAAGAACGACUCUUCUUGUGUUAGUACACUAUAUUUAAGUGUUCCAAUUUUAUAAAAAUACUGUGACGCUUCAAUUUUGAUUAGAUGCGCGUAAGCGGAUAACCGAUUUAUAUUAAACUUGUUCCUAAAAAUCAUGAGAGGACCCAAGCGAAGAUUCUAAUGAUAUCUUAUUGAAUGACAUAUCAUAUUGAACAACCUGUAGAUAUUAUUUUUUCAUUUACUUUUCGAUGAAAGUUUUUCCGAAUAAUUUGAACAAGUUAGAAAUGAACUAUCUGAUGCAAUAAUUUUCGCUCUUAAAUUUCCCCAACAAUAUUCGCAUUUCCAUGAGAAUUUAGUAAUAAGUUGUUAUAAUACUGAUUAAUUUUCUUGUGAUACCUCUUUGUAUUAAUUACUGGAAAUUGAAUUCCAUAAUCCACCGUAUUUAACAAAUUCCAAAACAAUAAUCAGAUUCAAAAAUCACUGAUUCAAAAAAGUAAAUUGUAGAUACUGUCCUCGUUUAGAUAAUAGCUUCAUUACUUCAUCCUUACAAGAAAUAGAGAACAACGUCAACAUUAUUUGAAACGAUAUACCAAAGAUGUUUCUAAGGAUAUUUAAAUUAAUCGUGAUAUUGCACAAAAAAUUCCUUUUCAAAUAUCCCCGCACUAUUACAAGAAACACUAUUGGAGAGGCUGAGAAGUUUUUACAAUAUUCCUGUACUAUACCUGUGUAAAUGACCCGACAUUUUUUCUACAUUCCUCGUCCCCCUAUUUGACUUCUCGUUUUAUAAUUUUAAUGCUUUGUGCGCAAACGUAGUAAGUAAAACAGUAAUUUCAUUGUUAAAAAUUUUUGACUCUGCAUAUUUAAGUUAUGGAAUUAAUCAAAAUAAUAUAUCUCACUAACCGUUAGUAAUAAUUGCAAAAAAAUGAAAAAUAAAAUUAUCAAACUAAAUUGGAAUCAGAAAUGUUGUAUACCUGCAGAUGAAUAAAUAUUAUUUCAUACUUAGCUAGCACUUUGAUUCUUUUUUCUAUGAAAUAUAUCAUGAUGCUCUUAGUAUGCAACUAAAAAUACGCCUACUUGUUAUGCUGGUUGCAUAGAUAGACGGACAAGUCUUAUGCUGGUUGCAUAGAUAGAGAUAGACGAAUAGUCUUAUGCUGAUUAGAUAUCAAUUGUUUUAAUUCAUGCAUGCAUUAGUUAUAAUUUAUCAGCUCAUAAUGUGUAAUAUACAAUGGUACGCUUGAUAUUUCUUGAUAGCCUUAAUCUAAUUUAAAAUUUAUGGAAUUAUUGUAUUACUUCUUACAAGUAUACACAUUUUUAAAUGUGUGAACAUCAUGUCCAUAAAUUCAUUUACGUAACCAUUCAAAUAUUUGAAUGGAAGAAUAUUUUUUAUAGAUAUAAAAGUUUAAAGAAGGACAUAACGAUGGCAAGAUUUGAAAACCAUUGAAAAGAGGGAGAGAAAAAUGAAUUUGAAGUAUUUAAAGUGAAAAAAAGAACUUUAAACAACAAAACAGUCAAAUAUGAUGCUAAGAAAACGAUUUGAACAAUUAUAAUAAGAAUCCUUAUAGAAUCUGAUUAUGGAUUAAGAACAAAAUCGGUAGGAAAGAGAAUCAAAAAAAUGACAUAUUAAAAUAAAACAAUACGAAGCAAAUAGUGGAUUUAAAGAAUUGAAAUACCAACUAGAAACUAGAGUUUAAAGUACAUAAAGCUAAAAAAUAUGACAGAUAUAUAAGGAAUUGACAAAAAUAGUUAAAAAAUAAAAGCGGGUUAACCAGCUGUAUUUGAGAUUGAGUUAUUUUGAGUACUUAAAAAAUCUCGAAUAACAACAUGUAGAUUUCAUCCAAAUUGAAGAUUUUGAUUUAUGAAAUUAACAUCAAAUUUUAUUACCAAUUAUAAUUUUCAGUUGAACAAUUUUCAAAUCUAAAUUUACCAAUUUUAAAGAGGAAUAAUAAUAUUUUAAUUUAUUCAAGUAUUAACUGUUAAGCGCCAAAAUUUGAUUAUUAUAAAUGAGAAGUUCGUAUUCAUUCAAUCUCACCUUAGUCUUAAAUUAUUAUAAAAUUGUAUAUAUAAAGUUACUAUAUGGCAAAUUAGUGGAAUAAGGUGGAAAAAAAUAUGUUAAAUUGAUUUUCCUUAUUUAAAAAACACUGUUUCGUUAUAAUUAAAUGUAUAUUUUCUGUUUUCACUUGCCAAUUUUAAAAAAUAUCUUAAAUUGUUGGUAAAUUGAUCUCACUGAAUAUUGAUUUGAAUAAAUAUUAAGAAUACA